UAGUGUAGCUUGUGUUUGAUGAGAGCGGCAUUGGUAAAUGAAUCACAUGAUGCAGCUGCUGCGCCACGGUGAUGUGGCGCUGCUGUGGGCCGUUCCUGUUCCCGCGACUGCCCACAGUGCGGAGAUGACGACUGAGGAGUACCUCCAUUCCCCACGGCCACAUCCACCUGCACGAGUGACUCGCAUCGCUCGCCCGCGCCAUGACCCCGACACCCGCCUUCGCUCAGACACUGCGCAGUUGUUGCGCAGGCAGCACGCUCGCACCCUGAGAGCGCCGCGACCCUCGCAGACAAUUGUCCUGGCGCCCAACAAACGCCCUUUGCACCACUUGCACCCGCCAUUCUUACAAGAUCCACUAGACGCCCACACUCUUACUGCGCACUCACCGCGCACUCGCCGCGCACCCCCCAGCAUUCGCUACAACCCCCGCCGCCGCGACCAUGCGGCGCAACACAUUCCCGCCGCGGCCUCGGCCUGACGAGAGCCGCCUGCGCGCCGCGCCCGAGCCGCCCACGCGCAAGGUCUUCAACUGCAUCGUCGACGACACGGCGUUGAUCGCAGGCGCCAAGAAGAGCACCCGCGACGGCAUCCGCAAAUGGAUCACGCAGGACGCCAUACGCCUCUUCGUGCCCCUCCAUACCCUCACCCAGCUCAACCACCUCAAGACCGGACCAGAACGCUACAAUUCCGACGCCCGCGACGCCCUGAAGUGGCUCGACGACGUCACCUCUUCGCCCGCUAUCGGCGACCGCAUCGUGCUUGAGGGCGUGGACGAGGCAUACACCACAUGGGCCGAGGUGGAGCACUUCAUGCUGCCGGAGACACUUCUGUCGAUGGAUUCCAGCGGCUCAGAAGACGAGGACGAAGAUGACGAGUACCACGAGGACCUAGAAAGCUCCUUCAACGCCCUCGACAUCUCGGACGGCACUUCCAUGAGCAGUGUGGACCAGUCCCCAAAGUCCACCCGCACCACAGAGCCUGACUUUGCCGUUCCGACUGGCGGACUCGUUGAUGCGAAGACGAUGGUCACCAGCAACGCUGCGCCUGUCGUGGAAUCGCCCGCCCGCACUGCGCGCAACAGUAUCGAGCUCCCCCGGGGGCAGAAGCCACCCAAGAACAGCUUUCCGCAUAGCCUCCGUCCACUCUUCAACCACAUUCUGUGGCGCAUUCACCAAGAGACCAACCCCGAUGCUGCUCUGGACAACUUCAUUCUCCUUACAAACGAUACAGUCAAGCAGGGCAUUGCUCAGAAGUUCGGUAUUCGAGCCAAGCGCUUGGAACAACUCCGCGAUGCCGUCAUGCGCGAGGACCGAGAGUUCAAGAAUCAUCUGACUGUCUACAAGAAGGAGACUGAAGAGCAUGCGCUGAAGAAAGAAUCCGAAUUGGAGCCCAAAGUAGCCCAGCGUCCCAAGUCCAGCCACUCUUCCAUCACCAAGUCGGCCGUCGACUCGGAUGAGGAUGACUGUGUGCUCAUCAAGAAUGCGCCCCGCGGCCCAGCGAGCAGCACUAGCCAACGGCUGUUCGACCCGAACGAUUUUGGACGGGCGACUCAGCCACAAUCUCCCCGGGGUGGUCGCGGCCACCCCGUGCUUCGUGGCCGUGGUGGAUCUAUUCGAGGCCGAGGAGCAUUUGCGGGCCGCGGCCGUGGUGGAGCUUAUGUUCCACCUGCCCCUUCAUUCCAAUCACCACCAGCUCCCCGUCAUGAUCCCAAUCGACCCAUCGACCCCGACUCAUUCACACGCCCUGCAACCCGUGGUAGCCCUAUACGCGGCGGGCGCAGGACGCUCUGGGAGCCGAAUUGA